GGCUGAUAACCGCCGCCACUGGGUGAGGUAAAGCACCACCUCAGUGUCUGCUCCCACCCACCAGACCCCGGUCCAUCCUCGCAUUAACGUGCGGCGCCCGUCAGGCAGCUCCAGUGUCCAGUGCCUAAAGGACAGCCACGACCACCAGGAGCCUCGGCGUUCCUCAGACAGGAUGGGCCUCCUGCCACUGAUCACCUCCACGCUCCUGUUCAGCUGGACAACUCUGAAUGCGGCUGUAAAAAUAACGAAAGUGGACCUGUCCAUCGAGCCCAGUGCUGACGUGGAAAGAAACACCGACGUGGCUUUGAGAUGCAAGGCCGAGGUUCUCACCUCUGGGACGGAGGCACUGAAUCGUGUGUACACCGUAUACAAAGGUGAAAGUGUAAUCUACAACAAGACAACCAGCUCCUCUGAGGAUUUGCUCUACCGCCUGCCUCAGGCCAGAGUCUCCAACAAUGGCAAGUACAAGUGCGCGAUAACCAUCAUGGGAAAGGCGAAGACCAGCGAAGCUGCAACACUCACAGUGACAGGCAUGUCAACGCCUGUUCUCCGCAUCAACAAAGCAAAUAUCACUGAGGGGGAAUCAGUAACAGCCACAUGUUUAGCACAAGGAGAGACAGGUUCCCUUUUGUUCAGCUUCCACGAUAACUCCAAGGAAGUCGAAAAUGGAGUGUGGGUGACCUCCAGCAGACUCACGUUUGUCCCUAAAGGCGUUGGGAACCACAACAUUCACUGCUCCUACCUUGUCUUAAACAUGCCAUACCCAUCUAAGUCGCAACAGAGCAACACAGUCACUCUUACCGUUGAAGAACUUUCCAUCGAACCAGUCCUGAAGAUUUCCCCUCAGGACAAUGUCUACGAAGGUGACACUCUCAACAUCACUUGCUCGGUUAGUAAUUCUACGAAGGGCUACCAAGCAGGAGAGCUCUUCCUGAGUCAGGACACCGAACUGCUCGAGAGUGGAGAAACAUAUAUCCAUGUUAACUGGACUGCACAUGCAAGAACCCCAGUCCUUACCAUUAGAUGCCAGAUGGAUCUAGGAGAUGUAGAAAAAGUCGUCAGCAAGACGGUUUCAGUGAGGGAGCUGUUCUCCGUGCCCACUCUCAAGGUGUCUGCUGUCGAAGUCUUCCAAGAAGACGAAAUUAGUCUCACAUGCAGAAGUGAGAAACUGUCUUAUGACAGGCUUGAAGGAGAAUCCCUCAUUUACAGCCUUGAACCUUUUGACUACCAAAUGGUUCGGAAAGGGAAUGGAGUAUUUGUUGGCAAAGCCAAGACAAUUGAUUUCAACUAUACAUGUACAGCUGCUGCAAAGGGCAUCAAGAAGAAGAGCAACGUGCUGACAAUUCAUCCUAAAGUUCCCGUCUCGACUCCAAAGAUCUGGGUCUCUGGCAGUGCAGUCCUUGGGAAGAGAGUUGCAAUCUUCUGUCUGUCGGACACAGGCACCCCACCCAUUACAUACACCCUGUGGAAGGCUAGCAAACAAAACCAAAUUGCCGUUGUUCAUGAGUUCAAUAAAGCUGCUAACUUUUCAGUCGUCAUCAAUGAAACUGGAAGACUAAACCACUACCUCUGCACAGCAAGUAAUGGGGACAGGACGCCUGGACUAAGUGACAAACUCCAAACAGCUGUCAUUGAGCCAAUGACCACCGCCUCUCUGAUGGUCGUUCCUGACGUCGGCGACAUUUCCGAAGGACAUUCGGUCAUCCUCAUUUGUUCUUUCUUGGGCACACCACCUGUGACAGUUAAGUGGUUCCGGGACAGUGAUGAUCUGAAUCCACUGGACACCACGACCACUAAUUCUAACAACACAAACUACGAAUUCAUUGCGAACAAGGAGCACACCGACAGUUACUACUGCCGGGCUGAGAACCGAGCCAACUCUGUUAAAAGUAAUAAAAUCAACGUAGUAGUCGGCAUGGCGAUGUGGAAGAAAUUACUGAUUCCUGGGACCAUAAUACUGGUGGUGUUCUCACUGGUGAUGGUGGGCUUUAUUCUGUUCACAAGAUCCAGGAGAGGAAAAAGAGAAAGAGCUGCUGAAUUGUCAGUAAAGCCUGCGAGCCCUAAAUCAGAUGACUCUUUAACAGUGGCUCUAACCCACGACACAGAGGUUUAUAAUGCAGCCACAGGUAGCUUGGUUUUUACCGUCCUCCUGUGUGUUGCUUACAGGCCCCAUCAGUAUUUAUCACCUAACAAGCCAUUAUCCCACCCUAAACACUCAUCACACUGUGUUGUAACACCUUUACUCACAGCAAUAAUCCAUGCUCUGGCCUGCAUGCAUGAAGAGGUCAGAUCAGGAUGACCUUAUUGUUGCCUGUGCUUCCUUUGAGUGGCAGAUUUCUUGUUUUUUUUUUGUUUUGUUUUUUUUGUGCAUGCUCAGCAUGUUUAUCAUUGAGGACAAAAUUAUUAUUAACCCCCCUGUGUGAUUUGAUGUUUCACAAAAUGUUCCUAGGUGCUGAUCCUUGCUCUCAACAGAGCAAGAAUCAGUUUUCUUUGGAUAGCGCUGUUAUUUAUUUGUAUUUGCAUAAAAUAACCAAGCCAUUUUAGGGAAAAAAUGCAGGGGUCAAUAUUAUUAGCCCUCUAAAAACUGACCUUUUUAUUAAGGCAGCUUUAAUGCACACCAGUGGUUUGAACUGAGAUGUAUCCUCUAACCUUUAAUCCUUCAUUAAGGAUUUCAGCUUUCAUUUAGGAAUGCAUCAUAUCAAAAACAACAACAAAAAAAUCUCUUUAAAUUGGAGAAGGAAGGAGAGACCUUUAACCUAAAGAAUAUACUCUCCCCACAGUGGAACACGUUAGAGGGAGUAUCAUGCUGUGGUGAAGCUUUAGCACAGCUGCACUUUGAAAUCUCUUCUUGCUUGAAGGAAAUCAGAAUAAACAACCCUAGAUGAAGAAUUUGAAAAGAGCAAAAAAAAAAAAACCCUGAAGAAGUCAGCAGUAAAACAUGCGUCGCUCCUGGUGAAGAGCUGCAUUCACCAAACAUUUCUGACUGAUGUGCAGCCAGCAUAGAAAAUCUGGAGUGAACUGAAG